GCUAUCUCAAACCAAUUAAACUGUAAAACACAAUGAAUCCUCUCUCUCCUCUCUUUUUUCUUUUUUUUCUUUGCCUCUUUUCUGCUAAGUAGACACAUUCUCUCUCUCUCUCUCUCUCUCUCUAUCUCUAGUUCUUUAUGCUCCAUCUCUCUCUCAACUGCACACGGAGACAUAUAUGAUAUACAUACAUUCGAAGUAGCUCAUAUAAUAUAUUUAUAAUAGCCACGAUGACAAGAACAACUUCUCUUCUCUCUGAUUGAGUCUCUCUUUUUCUUUUGCCGUAAAAGAAUAAAGUCUAAUCUUCUGGAGAAAAGGAAAAAGCAGCAAGGAAUGUCGAUCUGAGCUUAAUUCCCACAUAAAAAUCCAAUCAAAAUUAAUAUUCUUUUUCCCCAUUACAGUGAGAGAGAGAGAGAGAGAGAGAGAGAGAGAGACUGAGAGUGCAAUUCAGAGAGAGAGAGAGAGAGAGUGAUGGGUGGGGUGACCUCGUCCAUGGCGGCCAAGUUCGCCUUUUUCCCACCGAACCCACCAUCCUACAAGCUCAUCACAGACGACCACACUGGUCUCUUGCUUCUCAGCCCAUUCCCUCACCGAGAAAACGUCGAGGUUCUCAAAUUGCCGACUCGGCGUGGCACUGAGAUAGUGGCCAUCUACAUUCGCCACCCCUUGGCCACUUCUACUCUGCUUUACUCUCAUGGCAACGCCGCCGAUCUGGGCCAGAUGUACGAGCUGUUCAUCGAAUUGAGCAUCCACUUGCGCGUCAAUCUCAUGGGGUAUGACUAUUCAGGGUAUGGGCAAUCAUCUGGAAAGGCAAGUGAGCAGAAUACAUAUGCAGAUAUUGAAGCUGCAUAUAAGUGUCUUGAAGAAAGCUAUGGUACUAAGCAGGAAGAUAUCAUUCUCUAUGGACAAUCUGUUGGAAGUGGCCCCACAUUGGAUCUUGCUGCUCGGCUGCCUCAGUUAAGAGCUGUUGUCCUGCAUAGUCCCAUACUAUCUGGUUUAAGGGUCAUGUAUCCUGUAAAGCGUACAUACUGGUUUGACAUUUAUAAGAAUAUUGAUAAAAUUCCACUGGUCAAUUGUCCUGUUCUCAUCAUUCAUGGAACUGCGGACGAAGUAGUUGAUUGCUCUCAUGGGAAGCAACUGUGGGAACUGUGUAAAGAGAAGUAUGAACCACUAUGGCUUAAAGGAGGGAACCACUGUGAUUUAGAGCUGUAUCCUGAGUAUAUCAGGCAUCUCAAGAAGUUCAUAUCAACUGUUGAGAAGUCUCCUUCCCAAAGGUACAAUUCUAGGCGAAGCACAGACCAAUUUGAGCAGCCUCGGAAGAGUACUGAUGUUUACGAAGUUUCAAGGAAGAGCACAGAUCGAAGAGAGAAACCAAGGAAGAGCACUGAUAGGCCUGAAAAGCUGAAAAAUCAAUUCAUUAGUGCUGAUAAACUAGAAAAAUUAAGAGUAUCUUUUGAUCAUAUGGAAAGGUCUCGGAGAAGCGUGGACUGCCAUGAAAAGUCCAGAAAAAGUAUUGACCACCAACUGGACAGAGCACGGAAGAGUGUUGAUCGGUUGGAUAGAAUACGAACUGGGUAAACGUUGUUAUAAAACCAUAUGCAAAAUUCAAAGCCUGGGUUUGGUGUUGUGGGAAAAUUAUUUGGGUCUUUCUUUCUUCUAAUUUAUGGUAUUCUUGCUGUGUAAUUUGUAUUUGUGGCAGUUGUAUAACUACUAUUGCAUGAAAUGAGAAAGGGUUUGGGUUUAUUA